ACUUAAAGUUGUUUGUUUUUUGUUUCAUUAGUUUAAUUAUACUUUAAAACUAAAAAGAAGGGUUCUUGCUUGAUGGGUAAUGAGCCUAUAUAGUGAAGUAAAAAAAGCAGGAUUAGGGUGGUGGCGGUGGUAAUGGUGGUGGGGCGGUGGUGGUGCUGAUUCAAAGGUAAAAAAAAAUUUAAGAGAGAGAAGGGUACUAGAGAGAGAACAUUCUUAGAUUUGGAUUUUUGUGGGUUAAUGUUAAAUAUGCAAGAAAUGGUGGCUGUCAAAAAAAGAUUUUAGAUGAUAAAUUGAGGAACAGCUCAAUAUUUUGAUGGGAAAUUUUUGGGUUUUUGUUGGGUGGAUUUGGUGUUAUGUGGGGUUUACUUCUUUUAGGUUUUGUCCUGCAGGCUUACAUUGAAGAGCUCUUCAAAGGAUUUUCUUCUGAUUUUUAAAGAGGAAUUUGGAUUUUGGGGUUUGGGUUGUGGACCAGAAUAAAAGGGUUUAAUUAAAUUCUUAGUAGCGUGUGCUAAGAUCCAUCCAUAAAAAUAAAAUCCUAGAAGCAUAAACAAAUCAAAUAAGGACGGUGGUGUCAGUUUUAAGCAAGUGGGUGUGUCUCUUAAUGUUUUAGUUUAUAUGAAAUGUGUGAUAGUAAGAGAGUUUUUAGGCAAUUUCUCCUUAGUUAAGUUAACCCUUAUCUUGAACUUUAUUGCCAAUUUUUGAAGCAAACUCACUCCACUUUGUGAAAAAUCACACUAUACCACAUUUGCUCAUUUCUUUGCUUCCUCAACUUAGCCUUGUUUUGUGGGCAAGAUUUGGUUAUUCUUAGAAAAGAAACUUGUUUUCCAUUCAUCCUUUUCUUGCCUAUUUUGAAGUGUUCCUAGUGAGUUUGUUCACUAAAUUUGUGGAUUUAGUGGAAGUUCGGAAUCGGAAUCUUGAAGGGGAAAUCGAAGACUUGAUUUUUGUUCGUUGAAAUGAAGUUCAUGAAACUUGGAUCCAAGCCUGAUUCAUUUCAGGCUGAUGGAGACAAUAUAAGGUAUGUGGCAACUGAGCUGGCUGCUGACAUGGUCGUCAACGUCGGUGAUGUAAAGUUUUAUCUCCAUAAGUUUCCAAUGCUGUCAAAAAGUGCACGUCUGCAGAAGCUGGUUGCAAAUAUAAAUGAUGAGAACAGUGAUGAAAUCCACAUCCAAGAUAUUCCUGGUGGACCUGCUGCAUUUGAGAUAUGUGCUAAAUUCUGUUAUGGUAUGACGGUUACUCUAAAUGCAUACAAUGUCGUUGCAGCUCGCUGUGCGGCCGAGUACCUUGAGAUGUACGAAACUGUGGAGAAAGGAAACCUCAUCUACAAAAUUGAAGUCUUCCUUAAUUCCAGCAUCUUCCGCAGUUGGAAAGACUCGAUAAUUGUUCUUCAAACAACAAAGUCUCUUCUUCCAUGGGCCGAGGAAUUGAAACUGGUCAAUCAUUGCCUCGAGUCCAUAUCUUCAAAGGCUUGCAUUGAAACUUCCAAGGUGGAAUGGUCAUACACUUACAACAAGAAAAAACUUCCAUCUGAGAACGGGAAGGAUCCUAUAUGGAACGGCGUAAGAAAGCCGCAGACAGUUCCUAAAGAUUGGUGGGUUGAAGAUCUUUGCGAGCUUCAGAUUGAUUUAUAUAAAAAGGUAAUUACAGCCAUCAAAACCAAAGGAAGAAUUGCAGAUGAUGUAAUUGGAGAAGCUUUGAAUGCAUAUGCGUUGAGAAGAUUGCCGGGUUUUAGCAAAGGCGUGGUACAAAGUAGUGACGUCAUAAAAUAUCGAUCAUUGGCUGAAGCCAUUACGUGGCUUCUUCCCACAGAGAAAGGCAGUGUUCCCUGUAGUUUUAUGCUUAGGUUAUUAAGAGCAGUCAUUCUGUUAGAAUGUGGAGAAACAGAAAGGAACGAACUAAUGAAGAGAAUUGGCCAGCAGCUCGAGGAUGCUACAGUAGCUGAUCUAUUGAUUCGAUCCCCAACAGGUGAAGCAACGGUAUAUAACAUUGAUAUUGUGCAAGGUCUAAUCGAGGAGUUUGUCGCCCAUGAACGGAAUGCUCAAACAGAUUUUCCUACGGAACAUGAGUUUCACGAAAGCAGAAGCCCGAGGUUGGGAUCAGAUGCUUCCCGAAUGCAGGUAGCAAAGCUGGUAGAGGGCUAUCUCGCUGAAGUAGCACGAGAUCCUAACCUACCGUUAUCAAAAUUUGUCAAUCUUGCAGAAAAGGUGUUGAGGUUCCCAAGACCAUCCCAUGAUGGACUUUACCGUGCCAUUGAUAUGUAUCUUAAGGAGCACCCUGGAAUCAGCAAGAGUGAGAGAAAGAAAAUAUGCAGGUUGAUGGAUUGCAGGAAGUUAUCAGCAGAAGCCUGCAUGCACGCGGUGCAGAAUGAGCGGCUUCCAUUGCGGGUUGUUGUGCAGGUUCUAUUCUUUGAGCAGGUCAGGCAAACAACACCAUCGGCUGGCAACAGCACUCCAGAAUUACCCGGCCCCAUUAGGGCAUUACUCCCCGGCGGGUCUCACGGAAGCUCGAGGUCUACUACAACCAACACGGAAGAGGAUUGGGAUGCAAUUCCUACAGCCGAAGAUAUCAAGGCUUUGAAAAGUGAACUCGCUACUCUACGAUUAGGUGGAAACAAUAGAAAUGCAAAUGCUGCUAAAACCGAUGCUGAAAAGGUUGCAGCGAAUAAAAUGAAAGGUUUAGUCAUGUCGAAACUCAUGUCGAAACUGUGGUCGGGAAAAGAACGGAAUGGCGAUAUGAUUAGUAGCACGGAUACUUCCGAGAGUCCUGGUUCUGCUAGUGCAGAGGAAACAAAAUCUACCCCUUCGAGAAGCAGGAGACAUUCGUUAUCUUAGUUUGUAAAAUGAUCAUUCAAUUUGACCGUUAGGAAAUUAGGACCUGCUGACUUUUUCCAUGUGAUUUUUCACUGGAAACAAAAUUUUCACGCAAGAGCCAUGUUAAAGCAAAUGGGACUGAUUUUUAUUAGAAAUUGACUGUUGAAGUGAUGAACUUUGAUAAA